UCAAUGUAUUUCCAUAACAAAUAGUACUACUCCCUCGGGAUUCCAUGUUAUGACUCACCGGAGAAGUAACAUAUCGUUCUUAUGAAAUCACUUACGGAAGCGAAUCUCGCGAGGAUUUACUAUGGAUGCAUCGUCCAUACGUAACACUAUCCUUACCCGCUCCAAGUGCAGGGUGGCUAAUCCCCCCAAACUACCAAGCACAUGCAAUGCACAUCAUACCAUCGUCGAAUGCAUUCGCCCCAACUGGGGCUAAGGAACUCGACCGAGAAAGGACGCAAUCAGGAUAGCUGUCGACGGCCUACUAACCCAAUUUCAGUUUAUUUACCCGCAAACGCAAACUAGUGUGCGACCGUUAUAAAUCUAUCGAUUUAUAAGAGGGAAAGGAUUUCCAGUUUUCAUCCAUAUCGUGCCAAGGUAUACGUUCUCCAAAGUUUUGUCCUUUUUUUUGCUGUGCAACUUUUAUAAACUCGGAACGGAUACAUCGCGGUGAAAAGGACACAAGUGAUGGUGAAGGAAGCCAACGACCGCUGCAAUCGAAUUUGUUCGGGGGAGUUGUAAUUACAAUGCACCACGCCAUGGUUGCAGAAGUGCACUCCAAAACUAGGCUACUGCAUUGGAAAAUGCAAAAGGAUUUGUGGUAGACCAGUUGGUUUUCAGUUUGUGAGAGUUAUGCAGAGGAAUCGUUUCAUGGAACCGUGAAGUGUUUGAAGUGUUUUCGGGAAGCAAACACUGCAAAUUAAUGUGCUCCCUGGAAGCACUUGCUUGAAUUAUCCUAUUCCCCUUGCCAAAAAAAAAAUUAAUAAUAGAUGAAGUGAUUUUAUCGUAAAUAACGAUGACGCAUGAUCUGGAAAAUCGAAUGUGAUCGUGAUUGUGAUCAAUUUCGCGCCUCUAAUAUGGCGUCUUCCAAGCAAAAUUCAGUGGAUGAGAAAGUUAAAUUGCCCGUUACAGAGACGAUUAGUCGGUUUUAUCAGCCCCGGAAAAAUCGAAAAGCGAUCCGGAUAUUAACAGUGGCCAUUUAUGUUUUAUGCGUUUCACUGGCAGCAAUAAUGCUCUCCCUUUAUUAUAUAUUCAUCUGGGAUCCAACGAUAAAACCGUUUAUACCCAAAGUAUCAAGUUGCGAUAAAAUUGUCAUUCCUGAAAAUAUUGCAAUAAGGCUUCUCAACUCAACUGAAAUAUCAGCUGAGCAAUUCUACCGAAGCCUGCAACAAUACAAUCAUCUACUGCAUCGUUUUAAGCAUAAUAUAUCCACCCCAUAUAAUCACACCCUCGAAAGUUAUGAGUUACAACAACGUUCAUUCCAUCAUCGCCGGAAGACCUACCGGAAACAGCUUAGAGUAACGACUACUACUCUAACAACACCGCCUCCAACGACAACUACAACACGAAUGAUACCAACUUUAAAGAUGUAUCAACGAAAGUAUCUUCGAAGGAUAAACAAGGACGACGAAGACGACCUAGAAGAGGCUUUCGACGGCAGCGGGCAUUUUUUAGCAAAAGAAAGUACAGAAAGUGAUUUAAGUUAGGAAUCGAAGUAGGAAAAUUAGGAAUCAGUACAGAGUCCACGUAAUUCAAAGCAACAAUACUUAAUGUUAAAAUAGUCUACAUCAACGAAAAUAGAGGAUAAAGGAUAACCGAAUAAUCACCACUUUAAAUACAAUAGAAUUACCCAAAUGCAGAAGGUUUGAAUGCACCAAAACUAAGUUUACUGUACUUCAGCGCUAAGCGAAAUCAAACGGAAUUAUGAUAUUGUAAUUAUCCUUGAGGCCUAAAAAUUAAUUAUACAAAAAAUCUUUAGACAACUAUUAUUUACUCUUAGCCUUAGGAAUUUUUAGAAUAUACACAUAUGAAAUCAUUUAAAUAAACGGAUCAUCAACGUAAAGGACGAUCGUAGUACAGUACGAUGACGGAAUAUUGUGACAUGUUAUGACACUAGUCUAGAAUAUAAGAAAAGAUACUAUACAUAUUCCAAUGAUUCUUGUCAUUUCAAACUGUAAUAAAAAUGAUAUCACAUAGUGAAAACAUUCAA